AUGCAGGCAGACCUUGCCAAGCUGGCCGACAAGAUGCUGCGCGCCCCCAGGUGCUCCCGGUGCCGGAACCAUGGCUUCCUGGUGCCCCUCAAGGGCCACGCGGGCAAGUGCCGCUGGAAGCAGUGCACCUGCGAGAAGUGCUACCUGAUCACCGAGCGCCAGAAGAUCAUGGCCGCGCAGCAGGUGCUCACGAACCAGGCCUCCGAGGAGGAGCAGGAGGUGGCCCUGUCCGUGCAGGGGCCCCAGCUGGCCUCCGGGGCCGCGGCCACUGUCCUGGGCUCAAGCUUCCGCACGCUGCCUCUGCCUGCCGCUUCGGGAGUCGCGCACCCGGGCCCCGAGGGCCGCGCGGCCGCCUGCUUCCCCGAGAGACGCCCGCGGGGCCCGAGCCCCGGCCCGAGUGCCUUCCAGCCAGUUCUGGGCGGCCGCGGCCACGUGGGGCCGAGAGAACGAGCCGCCGCGGCCAUGCCCAGUUCUCUGAGGCCCCAGCUCGGGACGGAGGCCGCAGUCUGGUGUUGCCCCGGACGCCUGGAGCUGCGCAGGCCGCUUCGGCAGGCGCUCAGCCCGCCGUUCGCCGACUUUGGGCCCCCUCUGAGCGUCAACUCAGAUUGUGUGGUGGGGUCUGAGUACCUGGAAAGAGAGCCUUCCAAGCUGUACCGCAGCUGCUCCAGCAUGCAGCCCUACCACCCGUUCCUGCUGGGCUACCAGGAUGCAUCCCUUACCCCGGGGGUCCCCCUGCAGCAGGACUUCCGGCAUGUGUCCUGCAGCCACUACCAUGGAGCAGGCUUGUCAUCUGGCAGGUGCUUGCCGAGCGCCCUGUGCCCCGGUGUCUGGGCCACGGAGGUGGUGGAGCCAGUGGAAGACCUCCAGCCCGGCUACUACCUGCCGCCGCCGCCACCCCAGUUCCCCCCGCGGUACCUCUCCGUGCUCCACUGCCUGCCCCCACCGCCGUCCUUCUCGCUGUCCAUCGUGUCUGACGCGGACAAGGAGAACACUGAUGACCAGGAUGCGGAGGGGCUGUGUGAGCCCAGCCAGCCUUUGUCCCAGGAGCAGUCCGACUAG